AUUGACCUAUCAUUUUCUCAUUGCUUGCUUGGUUUCAGUUCUCUAGACAAGCCGUUGUUUGUUGAAGAUGAGUCGUUCAUCGAAGCAUUUUCCAGUCUUGCUCGUAUUGUUACUUUUCAUGGUUACGUACACCGCAGGCUGGGGACGCAGACGCAGGUCUUUACCGCGUCCUCCUCCUCCUCCGGCACCGCCGCCACAUUGUUCUAGUUGUUCUCAUGGCAAAUGUGUUGGCAACCCAGGAUAUUGUUCCUGUGACAGUGGAUGGUACGGAGGUGAUUGCAGUCAUCCCCAGUGUAGCUCUGGCUGCUACAAUGGCAAGUGCACCAAUCCAAACAGAUGCAGUUGCAGUGAAGGCUGGUCUGGUUCCACAUGCCGCACGUCUGUAUGCUCGCAAGGAUGCAGUCAAGGAACAUGCAUAGCUCCCAAUUACUGUCGCUGCAGCUCAGGAUGGAGUGGCAGAGCAUGCAACAGUCCUCUUUGCACCGGUGGAUGUUUGAAUGGUGGAACUUGUCAGUAUCCCAACACGUGUACAUGCUUGACUGAAUUCACGGGUCCCAACUGCGAAGUUCGAUUGUGCAACAAUUUUGAAGCUCCUGCAAAUGGCUCAGCUGAAUGCAAAGUUGACCUUAUCACUUCACGAUAUCUUUGUGAUGUCGGUUGCCGUGUCGGUUAUGCGUUUCCGGUCGAGCAACAGCCAAGUAGUCUCCAAAUUUGUGAUAAAGAGGGAAGAUUUACACAAGAAACAGCUAACAAAGAGAUUCCAGAUUGCACUGAAAAAGGUCCAGUUGACUUAGCAAUAAACCUAACAGUGCAGUCUAACUUUCCAGUAGCUUGCAACGAAACAUCUCAAUUUGACUGGGAAGAAAUCAAAAGAAAUGCGUUAGAAGCCAUAUCUUACAGAUUCUGCUUGUCGGCAGAUGGAUGCAAGGAUCUCGUGACUUCUUUGAUAGACUACAAGUGCCACCCAGAAGAAAACGUUGUUAGCCAGGAGUGCCCUUAUCAACAGCAAACACCUACCGCUGCAACUGAUACUCCCAAGAUGAUUAUCACUCUUAUCUUUCAGGUGUUCGUCAACACUAAUGUGUCGGGUUCUUCUCUCGGAACCGAAGAUUUGUUUGUCUUUGAGAAGAGAUUAGAAAAUGCCUUUGAAUCUACUUCUCGCACCGUCAGCGAGCAACCAAUAUCCAUACGACUGACACGUCUAGAAACCACUGUAGACAUUGUAUCAGAAUCAAUUCAAAGCUCCAAAAUUGAGAUGAAGUGCAAGGAAGGAGAAAUUCUAGUAAAUUCAAGCUGCCUCAUCUGCUCCAGGGGUACAUUUUACAAUAACGUAACUCAUGUUUGCGAACCGUGUCCUCUGGCCACAUAUCAAGAAAUGGAAGGUCAAAAUUAUUGUAGCAGGUGUUCUGAAGGACUGACGACUAGACUUACUGGCACCAAGAGCAGCAACGGUUGCAAGUCUUUGUGCCCUCCAGGAUUCUACUCAAGCAACGGCUACCAACCAUGCACUCAGUGCCCAGAUCCCGGCACACAGUCUAGAGCGGGACAGACUAGUUGUGUAUGAGACUCUCACGCGUGCAUGCAUAUAUGAGACUCUUAGCAAAUUGCGCUGGUUUUGCUAAUGAGUACGGUUGUGUGUCAUUGUUAGACAUUGUGUGGUUUGAGCAGUUCAUUGAUGUAGUGUUUUUGUGUUUGCUGUUACUGUUGACAAGGUCCUAGACUGGACUAUAUACACGUUGCAUGGAUCAUCGAAUA